CCACAUUUUGGAUGGGGUUGCUCAUUGGUCGCGACGACAGUUUAGUUAUUAACAGGUGGGAUACCAGGUGGUUGUAUAUGUGAGCUUCUUUUCUCUGGCUGAGUGCUGACCUCUGGUUGGUGACCUGCUGUGACCUGUUCUGGUAUGGAGUUCACGGACAGCAAAAUGGAGCAUGUGAUGACAGUUGGAGCACUUCUCACCCUCCAGACCACGAUGAAGGGAUGAGUGAUGGAGGAAUGUGGAUGCAGGAGCGUUUGGUACCUGCAGGUCAACAGUCCACACGUCGGCAGCCUCCUGUCUGGUCUGCAGAUGUAUCACAGAGGAAGUUACUUCAGAUGCCUGGAGCUGCACUUCCCUUCCCUCCCCUCAAGGUGUUGUCCAACGGGCAGCCAUGCGUCCUGUUCCAGGCCAGGAAGCUGUCUCUCCGCUAUGAGAGGCAGAAGCAGCUGGACCUGACGGAGAGAGCCUUCUCCCCUCAGAAACCCGUCGACACCAGCCAGUCUGUCUGCCGGCAGGACAAGGCCACGCUGGUCAUGAGGUUUGGAGAUGUGGAGGAUCUGAGAGGCCUGUCCAUCAGACUGCAGCUGUCCAACACUUUCUACGAGUCUUCAGGUCAGUGGUGGUUCUCGAUGGAAAGUGUCUCUCUGCUCUACAACACCUCUGAAGAGGCUGUGUUCAACGUCAGUGAGGUGUAUGCUCCUGCCUCCUCCUCCUACCACUGCCUCCACGUCAGCAGCCUGCAGCGCCACAGCGCCCUGCUGCUGCCCAGCACCGACCACGCCCGCCGCUGGGCCAUCACCUUCACCAACUUCCAGAUCCAGGCAUUCAACGUCACCUCCGGUAAAUUUUCUCCUGCGAGCGACUGCGCCACCUUCAUGACGCCAGCCAUCCUGAUGGGCCUCAUCACCUCCCUCAUCCUGCUGCUGGUCCUGGCCUACGCCUUGCACAUGGUCAUCCACCUGAAACAUAUCGAGCAUGACGACGAACACAAGGCCGACAUCUACCUCCCUCAAAACCCUGAGCAGCCUGAACACUGCUGCAUGGAAAAUGUCACUGAGAAAAAUAUUCUUUAGAGUGGCUAAGAAGAUAAUUAAAGACUUUUAUCACAUACACUUCAAGAGGAGACACAGCUGGCACCAAACCUUCGGUGUGAUGGAAAACUUUCAGCUCAGGAUUUUUGAAAUAUAUUUCUAGUGUUUUUUUUAUUUGCCCAUUAGUGAAUUUCUUUAAUUGUCUUUGUAACAAAUUUGAUAAAAAUAUGAAUAAAAAUAAAUUGCAGACUUACUUCGUGGUUAUUUGUAUUACGUAUUGUCUGCACAUAAAGAAUAGACAUAUAAGGCAUAUAAAUUAAAAAAUGAAAAACAAAGAGAUUCAAUAGCAGCUGAUGUAGAUUUAAUUCUGUCCGGUAGGGGCAGUGAUAUGUGUAGAAGUAUCCAGGUUGUAAAAUUUCAUUGAAGAAGAAGUAGUAGAAGAAGAAGAAGAAG